AUGAAAUUGUUCCAAGUAUUUAUUUUUGCUAUAUUUAUGCUCUUCGAAAUCUUCGAAGUAUUAGCGGAUAGGCCGUGUGCUACCCGGCAAAUACCAGAUCAGUCAACAGUGUGUGUCUGUAAUACAUCCUACUGCGAUGAGAUCACCAGAGAGGUUCUGAAUUCAGGCUCUUAUAUAGCCUAUACGUCAUCUAAGGCCGGGCUUCGUUUUAAUAAAACGCAGGGAAAAUGGAGUGACGAAGAUAUCAGUUCCUGUUCUUCUACAAUCCUGGAACUCGAUACAAAGACGACGUAUCAAAAAGUACAAGGUUUUGGAGGUGCUGUUACAGAUGCUACGGCAAUUAAUUGGAGUAGCUUGCCUCCAAUACUACAGGAUAGUUUGAUAAGGUCAUAUUUCAGUGAGAAAGGACUUGAGUAUAAUAUGCUUCGAGUGCCGAUCGGUGGUUGUGAUUUUUCUACACAUCCUUACGCGUACAAUGAACUUCCUGUCAACGAUACUCACCUCACUAAUUACACACUGGCACUUGAAGAUGUGAAAUAUAAAAUUCCAAUGAUAAAAUCAAUAAUGAAAGUGGCAAAAUCUUCCAUACACAUUGUAGCGACAACAUGGUCUCCCCCAGUUUGGAUGAAAACUGAAAAUACUUACGGAGGACUCAACAGACUUAAACCUGAAUAUUUCCAAACCUACGCUGACUAUCAUCUAAAAUUCAUACAAAAAUAUAAUGAGUCAGGUAUUCCUAUAUGGGGAAUAACAACAACUAACGAGCCUAUUAAUGGAGUAUUUGCGCUAUCCACAUUUAACUCUCUUGGAUGGGAUAUGAUUGAGAUGGGCAAAUGGAUUGUAGAUAAUUUGGGACCGACAAUUCGCAAUUCACACUUUAGAGAUGUCAAAAUUAUUACCGGUGAUGAUCAGAGAAUCACAAUUCCAUAUUGGUUUAAUGUGAUGCUGAGUCGUCACCCGAAUGCACUACAGUACAUAGACGGCAUUGGAGUGCACUAUUAUACUGAUAAAUUUAUUUCACCUGCUAUUUUUGAAAUAGUAACUUUAAGUCAUCCUGAAAAGUUUAUUUUGGCCACGGAAGCUUGUGAAGGUAGUUUCCCGUGGCAAUCUGAAAAAGUUUUACCAGGAUCUUGGGAUAGAGCAAAAUCCUAUAUUCUUGACAUAUUGGAAGAUCUUAACUACAAUUUGGUUGGGUGGAUCGACUGGAACUUAUGUUUGGAUAAUAAAGGGGGUCCAAAUUGGGUCGAAAAUUACGUCGAUUCAGCAAUAAUCGUCGAUAAAAAAAGAAAUGAGUUCUUCAAACAGCCAAUGUUUUAUGCUAUGGGUCAUUUUUCUAAAUUUAUUCCGCGAGAUUCAGCAAGGAUCAAAGUGACUGAAAAGAAAUUGCUGUUGAGUUCAAAUUUAUAUCAAGUAGCUUUUAUUACGCCAAGAAAUACAACUGUCAUAAUCAUUUAUAACAAUGGCCACGAGAGGACUGUUAUUUUGAGCAAUGGCAAAAAACAAACUUCAGUGUUUCUUGAGGCUGAUUCCGUUACAACGGUAGAGUUCCUUAAUGAA